AUGGGGAUGAUCGUCGGCGUCGCCCUGAUCGCGGGCUGGGCUCGCGCCAUGGCUCGCCGCGCCGCCAAACGCAGCAACAAGGCUGCGGAUGUCAAUGCACUAGGAUCUCUCAACCGUGAAGACGUGAAGAAAAUAUGUGGAGAAAAUGUUCCCCAAUGGAUAUCAUUUCCAGAAUAUGAACAGGUCAAAUGGCUCAACAAACAAUUGAGCAAACUUUGGCCCUUUGUGGAAGAGGCAGCAACCAUGGUCAUUAGGGAUUCUGUCGAACCGAUACUGGAUGAUUAUCGACCACCAGGGAUAUCCUCACUGAAGUUCAGCAGACUCUCCCUUGGGACUGUUCCACCGAAAAUAGAAGGCAUUCGGAUUCAGAGUUUUAAGAAAGGGCAGAUUACAAUGGACAUGGACUUCCGGUGGGGUGGGGAUCCAAAUAUUAUUCUUGCAGUCGAAACACUUGUUGCUUCGCUUCCCAUUCAGUUUAAGAACCUUCAGGUGUACACCAUCAUCCGUGUUGUCUUCCAAUUGUCGGACGAGAUACCAUGCAUAUCUGCUGUUGUCGUUGCUCUUCUGGCAGAGCCAAAACCGCGAAUUGACUACAUACUGAAAGCCGUGGGAGGAAGCCUGACCGCAAUGCCUGGGCUUUCACUGGCGUCACUGAUCACUGACAUGCUCCAAUGGCCACACAGAAUCGUUGUUCCACUGGGUGGAGUUGACGUUGACGUCAGCGAUUUGGAGCUGAAGCCGCACGGGAAGCUCACGGUCACUGUGGUCCGCGCAGAAUCCCUCAAGAACAAGGAACUCAUCGGCAAAUCCGACCCCUACGUGGUCUUGUUCAUACGCCCGAUGUUCAAGGAGAAGACCAGCGUCAUUGACGACAACCUCAACCCUCGUUGGAACGAAACGUUCCAUCUGAUCGCGGAAGACAAGGAGACGCAGUUCCUAAUUCUUGAGGUGUUCGAUGAGGACAACAUGAAGCAAGACAAGAGGCUUGGCAUCGCCAAGCUGCCCCUGAGCGACCUGGAGAUGGAGACCGUGCAGGAGGUGAACCUGCAGCUGCUGUCGUCGCUGGAUACGACCAAGGUCAAGGACAAGAAGGACAGGGGCGUGCUCAGCAUCAAGGUGGUGUACCACCAGUUCACCAACGCAGAGGCACGGGAGGCCCUGGAGCUGGAGAAGCAGACCGUGGAGGAGCGGCGGAAGGUGAAGAGCGAGACGGGGGCCGUCAGCGGCGCCGCGGACGCGGCAAGCGGCAUGGCGUCCACGGUCACCCACGUGGCCGGCACGGGCGUCGCGGCGGCCGGCACCGUUGCCAGCACGGGCGUCAGCGCGGUCGGCUCCGGCGUUGGGAUGGUUGGCACGGGCAUCGGCGCCGUGGGCUCCGGCAUUGGCGCGUUCGGCAGUGGACUCCAUAAGGCCGGCAAGUUCGUCGGCCGGACUGUCACGGGACCCUUCAGCAGCGCUAGGCGCAGCGCCAGCAGCGUCCCCAACGUCGUUGACGAGUGA